UCUUCUCCGAAGUUGGACUGGGCUUCGAAAUCUCAGAGCUUUACGAACUCUCUCUUUCCUGCGAAUUGAGCGAAGCCACCACCGUCUUCGUCGCAAUCGACGGCUGAUGAUUCGUGGGUGGGGACUCGAAUUGGGGUUUCCUGAUUGAGCUGGAAAUGAAGAUGUAGUGUGCCUUUUGACGAAGUGAAGUCUUUAACAAUCCUAAUCUAAAGCGAUCAUAUGGCUAAUGAAGAAAGUGCACCAAAUGAAACUGGUUCUGAAGGGGUGAAGCCUGAAAACAGCCCUCAAAAUGGAGGUAAUACACCACAGCCUGAUCGGGAAUCAAAUUCGAAAGAAUCCCCCGGAUGUGGUAUGGGGCUUCAAGGGGUACAGUCAAAGGAACCUUUAGUAUCAGAGCUGACCCUUGAAAGUGUUAACCAGGGAUCACAAUCUGCUCAAGAAGGCAGCACUCCCUCUAUCAGUUAUGAAAAGAGUUCAGAGGAUGGAUAUAAUUGGCGAAAAUAUGGCCAGAAAAAUGUUAAAGGAAAUGAAUUUGUGCGUAGCUAUUACAGAUGUACGCAUCCAUACUGCCCUGUGAAGAAACAAGUGGAGCGCUCGCGUAGUGGCCGGAUUACCGAUAACAUCUACUUAGGCCAGCAUAGUCAUCCUAGCCCACAGAAGCACCUACCAAUGGCUGUCAGCAUUGCUGUGUCUAUAGUUGAGGAGAAACCCGAGAUGCCUUCUCCAAUAAGCACACAAGACAAAUCAUCAGAAGUGAAGAGCCAGGCACACCAUAAAGUUGACGACAAAGAAACUCCUCAGCUUUCACUGGUUCCAGCUCCUGCUGAAGUGAAACCUGUGGUACCAGCAAAAGUCAAGGUACAGGAUGAAAUAGCUACUGAUGAGGAUUCUCCUGGUUCAAAAAGAAGGAAAAAGGACAGUUGCAACACAGACACCGCUUCAGGGGAUAAGCCUACCACUGAAGCGCGCACCAUUGUUCACACUGUGAGUGAGGUUGAUAUCGUCAAUGAUGGGUAUCGUUGGCGCAAAUAUGGCCAGAAAAUGGUGAAAGGCAACCCUAAUCCGAGGAGUUACUACAGAUGUUCAAGCCCUGGAUGUCCAGCUAAAAAGCACGUGGAGAGGGCAUCUUAUGAUGCAAAGGUGGUCAUGACCACUUACGAGGGUCAGCAUGACCAUUCUGUCCCUCCUUUGAGGACAAUCAUGCCUAAUUCGGGGGGAUUCAAUGGUCAUGCAACCACCCAAAGUGGAGAUGUGAACAUCAAAUCUCCGGAUGGCGACACCUUGUCUCAGAGUGUUGUGGAGAAUGCAUGCUCCGCUUCUGGGAGUAAGUCAACCGACCAAUCCAGUGGCAAGGCUGAAGAAACAUCGAGAACUGGCGAUCAAGUUGGGGAUAGAACGGGAUUUGAUAAUGAUUUAGGUCCUGAGGAUCGAAUUAAUGAGCAAAAAGAAGACCUGUCGAGUACUAAAUCAGGGGAACGUGAUCCUGUUCAUCUUGACUCCGUCGUGAAUGUGAUGGGGGAGAAUCCACACGCGCAGCAACAGCCAUCUAAUGCAGCAGCUGUUCAAAGCUAAACCAGUGUCCCAAUCUGUAACGUCCAACCCGCGCACAAAACGUUCGCCGAGGCUGUACUAUUUUUCUUAUGUUAAUGUAUGAGUGAUCAGGUGUGGGAUAGGUCAUUGUAAGUUGCCUAAAUUUGGUAACAGAUGUUUAGAUUUAACUCUGCACUGAAGAUUACAUAUUAGUCAAAAUAUUAUCAGUUGAAUACA